CUGCACGACAAAAAUGGCGCUUCCAAAGCUAUCCAAGGAAGUUUACGAGCUCGAAACGGACGAUGUCCACAUCGAAUAUUGCCUCGACAUUCCCGACAUGGCAAAGCUCUGGUUCGAAAAACACCCGGAAUGGCCGAUCAUUGGCGCGUGGGUAGUAGACCAAGGAGCAUCCUUGAUGCAAAACAUCGGAUUUUAUAAAUGGGGUUCGCACGAGGCACGCCGGAAGGUGAUUGACAGCUGCAUUCAAGGUGACAAUAAGGAGAGUACAAUGUACUCGAUGAUGAAGAUGGGGCCAAUGAUGCGUGCGAUUCGGUUCAGCACCUAUCAAAAGCUGCUCGACAUAGACAGCGAUAUGCCAACAAAGCCAGGUUGA